AUGGCCGCCACGGAUGCAACAUCCACCGCCGACGAUUUCGAAGAAGAAAGCAUCAGCAAAUGGGAAUCCCUCCGCCUCAAAACCCUAGCCGAGCAAAGUUACAGUUCCUCCGACCUCAAAUUAGCUAUCAAGCACGCCAAGCGCGCUCACCGUCUAUGCCCCACACUCGACGGCGUGUCGGAAAUGCUAACAGCCUUCAAAAUACUCAGCGCCGCCGAAAAUACCACAGAAACUACUGGAACGCCUGAUUGGUACAAGAUUUUCGAAGUAGAACCUUUUUCUGACAUCAAUUUAAUUAAGAAACAGUAUAAAAAACUAGCCCUAAUUUUGCAUCCUGACAAGAACAAGUUUGUCGCCUCCGAAGAGGCCUUUAAGUUGGUAAACGAAGCGUUUAGUGUUCUGUCUGACAAGAUUAGGAGGAAAGAGUAUGAUAUGAAGCUUAGAAUCGCAAUACAGACUGAGGCAGAGGCGGAGGCGGGAGUGGAUCCCGGAGGUGAUGCUGUGACACUAGACACUUUUUGGACAGCGUGUUCAACUUGUAGGCUGUUGCAUCAGUUUGAAAGGAAGUAUUUGGGGCAUAAUCUGAUGUGCCCUAGUUGUAAGAAGAGUUUCAAAGCCGUGGAGGUGGAUGAUGGUAAGAAAGGGUAUACAAAAGUGGUGGUCGAUGAAAAGGAAAACAUUGAUACAUUUGAAAGUGAUAAGGUCUCAACUCGAAACGAAUCAAAGAGGAAAAUGAGUAGUGUUGGAGAGAUCAUGAAGAGGUCCGAGCAAUCAAAAAAGAUUGAAAGGUCAAAAACGGAAGAUGGGGGUAAGCAUUCAAGAGUUGUGAAUAACACAUUGAAGGAGAAGGGGAAGAGAAAGAAUGACAGUGAUGAAGAAGAAAUGAUGACAUUAGCUCAAAUGCAGAAAUUAGUGAAAACAAAUGUGAACGAUGGUAAAUUGAAAGUAAAUAAGGUACAAAGAAGUGGAUCAAAGAGGGAAAAUUCAAGAAACGAGACAAAGGGAGAAGAGAAGAACCAGGAUCUUGAGAUAAUGACAGUAGAAGACUCAGACUUUUACGAUUUUGAUAAAGGAAGAGUCGAAAAGAGUUUCAAGAAAGGACAAAUAUGGGGUUUAUAUGAUGAUGAUGAUGGAAUGCCAAGGCAUUAUGGUUUAAUUAAUGAAGUGGUGUCAACACAUCCAUUUGAGGUGGACAUGUCUUGGUUGGACCCACAAAGCAAUGGUGAUGAAGAGUUGGUUAAUUUGGAAAGAACUGGAUUUCAUGUAUCUUGUGGAAGGUUUAAGGUUUCAAAGAAAACUUUAGUUAGAUCACUCAAUGUGUUUUCUCAUAUUGUGGAGUGUGAAAGAGCAGCAAGAGAGGUUUACAGGAUUUAUCCUAAGAAGGGUUCAGUGUGGGCACUUUAUAAUAGUGAGACAAAAGACAAAAGAUGUUAUGAUAUAGCUGUGUUUUUGACAAGUUAUAGUGAGGUACAUGGAUUGAGCAUGGGGUACCUUGAAAAGGUGAAUGGGUUUAAAACAAUUUUCAGGAGAAGAGAGAUUGGGUUUCGUGCUAUCAGAUGGCUUGAAAAACAUGAUGCUGGGUUGUUUUCACAUCAGAUUCCAGCAAGGAAGCUUUCUGGGGAAGAGGUGAAAGAUCUUUCAGGAGAUUGUUGGGAAUUAGAUCCUGCCUCACUUCCUACUGAUCUACUCACUAUUGGUUGA